AUGCUAUAUAAGCGCACGCAGGCAAGGAAGAAGUACCCACUCAACUGCGCACUGAUGAUGUCUCCUCGUAUGGUGACGAAACGUUUGCAAGCCAAUUGCCAAGCUCGGCGAACAGAUCAACAGCCACCUGAUCAACAACCAAUAAAUAUGGGCCUAGCAUACAUUACAUCCGUUUCAAUCUCUCGUGAAAAACAAAUUGAUUUGCAAAUGAGUGUAUUUCUUGAAAACAGUCCAAUUUGGGUUCAAGUAGAACAUAAGGUUGAUGGGAACUCGGGGACUGCGCCUACCUGA